UGAUUCUUUGUCUUAUAGUUGUUCAAUCUCGAGGAAAUCCAGAUGAGUGUAAGAAUUGCGGUUGCUGCGCUACCGGACGAUCGUACAAAUGUAGAGUCGGAGAUUACUGCAAUUAUGGCUGCCUAGAUGGAUAUUGGGGUAAUAAGUGUGAUAACAAAUGCAGGAACACUAAUUGUGUCAGAUGUAAAGACAAUAGAGGACAGAGCUGCCAAGAGUGUAAAACUGGCUAUUAUGGCUACAAUUGUGAAUAUCGGUGUGGUAGUCAGUGUAAAACCUGUCCACAAUGGAAAGGUUGCACGGAAUGAAAUCCCGGAUAUUACCUUAAAGAUAGUGCAUGCAUUAAAUGUCAACACACUGGCUGUACAUGUACGCUUUCCACACAGUGUAAUGGGUGUGUUCACGGUUAUUACCUAAACCCAGAAUUAUGUUCAGAAUGUCCUAAUUAUUGUACAUCGUGCAAUAGUUCUACACAGUGCAAUUCUUGUUCGGAUGGUCGUUUUGGAAAUAUAUGUCAGUAUCUUUGUAAAGAAAACUGCGUUCACGGUAAUUGUUUGUCAGCGAAAGCUUCUUGUCAGUGCAACAUCAAAUGCGUCGAAAAUGAAUGCGAUUCUUCAUCGGGAAGAUGUCUUCAAGGGUGUAUCAAUGGAUAUUGGAACCAAACAUGUGACAGAAAGUGUGAACCAGAAUGUUUAUCUUGCAAUCCAGCAGAUGGUUCGUGUUCAAAGUGCAAGAACAGUACAAGAUAUGGACCUAAAUGUAGACAGGAGUGCAGCAAUACAUGUAAAAGAUCAGAAUGUGGCAGUUAUGGAACUUGUACAAAUGGAUGUGUUGCAAAUACUUUUGGAAAGCGAUGUGAACACACAUGUGAAGUUUAUUGUAAACCUAAGGACAAUAACACUCUUUGUUCGGAACAUACUGGAAUGUGCUUAUACGGUUGCAAAACUGGAUACAGUGGGAUAUUUUGUCCUCAAGAAGCGGACAAACAAACUUCAUCAAAAGCAUCACUUGGUUUGGGUAUUGGCGGAGGAGUUGUUGUUCUUUCUGUCAUUGUGAUUGCUGGACUGUUUUUUAUUCAACAAAGAAGAGUCAGUUUGAGAAAUAAAAACACAACGCCCGUCAGAGAACCUGAAAAUUUGUCCGUCUUCUACGCAACUGUGAGCAAAAGAAGAGCUUCCCAAGAAGAGUAUGCCAAUAGGGAUACCAACAAUUUGCACUUUGUCAAUACCGUGGAAAACCACACUUACCAGAGUCCACCACCGAAGAGGUUUGUCAAAGAAAGGACUCCUAUCUUUCCAGAAGACAAUGUUGAAAUUGACGAAGAUGAUGGUUUUUCAAGGGAAAUUGCAGUAGUAUUUUCGGAAAAUUGUCGUGUUCAUUAUAAGAACGCUAACAAAGUGCAUGUAGCUGAUCUAGCGGAAUAUGUUCACACUCUAUUCUUAAAGGACAUAGAAGGGGAAUUUCAGACAAUUCCAUAUGGUCUAGCGAAAGCGUAUGAAGUUUCACAAAUGAAACUCAACAUGCACAAAAAUAGGUACAGAAAUAUCUACCCAUAUGAUGAUACGCGAGUUUUAGUUCGCGGUGGAGAAACAGACUACAUCAAUGCAAGCUAUAUUGAUGGAUUCAGAAAACGGAAUGCAUAUAUUGCUACUCUGGGUCCAAUGGCUAAGCAGCUUGGCGAUUAUGGCCAAUUCUGGCGAAUGGUCUGGCAACAGAAAGUGGAGAAAAUUGUCAUGAUGACUAAAUUGAAAGACGAAAAGAAAACACUAUGCGAGCAAUAUUGGCCGGAUCAACAUCAAAGUAAACUAUACGGCAAUAUAGAAGUCGUGUGUAAGGUUGAAAAACUGUACGCAGAUUUCAUAUGGAGACAUUUCACGCUUUCGAGGAAUUCCGAAGACAGAAACUUGCAUCAUCUACAGUUCACAAGCUGGCCAUACAAUGGCAUCCCUGACGACGUCACAUCAGUUAUAGAGUUUAGACAGAGGGUAAACGCCUUGCCGGGUACCUUUGACGGACCAGUUCUUGUACAUUGCAGUGCUGGCGUAGGAAGAACCGGAACCUACAUAGCUCUAGACAUUCUGACCAAAGAGGGUGAAGCCGAAGGUGUUAUUGAUAUCCCGGGAUGUGUUCUCAACAUGAGACAGAACAGACCCAAAAUGAUUCAGACCUUGAGUCAAUACAAGUAUCUUCACCACGCUUUGGUCCAUACAUUGACUCUUGAUUGUUUGGCGAUAAGAAGAGAAUAUUUCAGUGAAUAUAUGGAGGAAUCAAGCAAACAGGAGAUACAGGAGCAAUUUAAGAAAAUGCAGUUGAGUCAUGAGAACAUGUCGGAUAAGGAAUUAAAAGCCACUGCAAUGAAUCGGCUGAUGACAAAGAAGAACUGGAAACAUUCGGCUGUACCAGGUGAUUCCAACGAACCGCAACUUAAUCUGGUUUUGAGAAGAAGCGAGUCUGAUCGCAUCAAUGCGAUAUACAUCAACAGUUUAAAAACAGAACACCGCUUCUUGGUUGCGCAAACACCUCUGCCCGACGCAGUUGCUGAUUUCAUUGCAUUUGCUGUUCAAGAAAACUGUUCAUGUAUCAUUAAUAUGGAGGCCCACUUGCAAAAGCAUAAGAUCAAGAGAGAUGAGACAAUUCCACACUAUGACUAUUUGGACUGGGAUACGAAACACAAUGUUCCUAAGUCGGCAGAACACUUUGUUGACUUCAUCAAAGAGGUUGAAGACGUAUCCAAAGCUUCUCCCUUGAAGGGACCGAUACUGUUGCACUGUCUAAAUGGUGCUGGAAAGAGCGGCCUUUUUUGUGUGGUCUCGACAUUACUUGAACAAUUGAAUGAAGAUAAUGAGGUCAGUGUGGUCAAUGCCGUGCAGAAAGUCAGAGCUAGAAGACCACUCGCUAUUCCAAAUAAGGAACAGUUUUACUUCUGCUACGAGUGUGUUCUACAUUCCGUGAACGCAAUGGAUAACGCUGUGUAUUACAACUUGAGUGGGUAUAUCCAGAGGGAAAUAAACGGGCUGACAAAUUCGGAACAAUGAACACGAAAACAUUAACAUUUACAUUUGAUAGUAAUGAAAAAAUAAGCUAUGCUAUUAUAAAGUGCAACCAUGAUGACAAGUAUUUCAACGUAACUGUAUUGCUAUUCUGCUUCACUUUUAUGACCUGAUAAACUAUAGUAUUCCAUCAGCCAAAUAAACAUAAAUCUUUGUAUUGUAAAUAGCAUUGCACUUAUUUGCAUAUAGUUAUGCUUUGAUUUUUUUACCAUACUGCUGAGUAUGUUUUCAUGUUUUGAUUUUUUUAUGAUUCUGAUAUUAAAACGUUUUCAAUUGUGCGAGACUUUAUGUGCAAGCUUUCAAGGUGAACAUAGGAAUUGAUAAGUUACAACUCUAUUUCAAUAUAUGCACGCUACUAAGUUCAUGGUAAACUUGUCUAUAUGUGACAGAAAACAUAUAACAUUAAACACUCGUGAGUGAAAUUAUCCAAAGCUUGUAAUGCAAAAUUUCAAUCUAGUAUUGAAUUGUAUAUUACUAUUAUUAUUAUAAUGCUGUUAACUAUAUAUAUAAUUAUAUUCCAGUGUGUUUUGUAUGGCCUACUUUCAACUUUGAAUGCACAUUAUAUUUGAAAUAUGUAGAAAAUGUCAUAACGAUUUAUUUUUUAAUAAUUUCUUUAAUUAAUCGAGUAUGAUUGUUUGUGCUGUAAGCGUUUAUAAGUAAAAGAGUAUUCAUUUUUAAUCUUCGUUAGUGUUUUCUGUUCAAUCUUAAAAUGUGUUAAUUAUAUGAGCAGAUUUACACCUAAUUGGGCAUUUUAUUGAACAUGUACACCUGUGUAUUUCUGGUGUGUAGUACUGUUCCUUUACACCUCAUAUUACUGUUUGUAUAGUAGUUUGUUUCGUCUUUUUUGUAAGAUAUUAUCCACCUGAUAUCCUUCGUUUUCUAAAAACUUGCAUUAGCCCAAAUCAUGAACUAAAGAUGAUUUCUAUAAUUAAGUAACCUAUAAAUAGACAGUCUCUCAGUGUUCAAGACAAAUACAUAACAUAUUGAUUUCAUUUCUCAAAAUUAUAUUCACGUAUAUGCUUGAUCAGCGGUCAUAACGACAUCAUUAGAGCCUAUUAUUAUUUGUAUUUUAGUUCUCCCAAUAAAAGUUCUCUUUC